AUCCUACACUAGGAGUAUGUAUAACUGUGAAACCUAACAUAAAUACAUUAUACAUCAAGUAUUAGUGUAUUACCAUUCAAACUAAAAUCACGUACUUUUCUAGUUUCCAAGUUCUAACCAUCCAAGUAAAAAACCAGAAUAUUAAGGCUCUAGAUCUUUGGAUAAAGAUUUAUAACAUGAUUUCAAAUAGAGUAUUAUUUACGUUCAUGAUCUGACAUUUAUUCAAUAUUGUAACUAAAUUCAACUUUGACCCGACUUCAAAAUAAAUAUAAAAUUAUAACCAUAAUCUCGACUUCUAAUAAUAUGCAAAGAAAAUCAACUCAAUCAAAAGUUCAAAUUGAUAAUUAAAGAAGCCUCAAAAUAUGUUGUAUUCUCCAUCUCAAAUAUUUGGUUGAAGCAUCGGGUUAUGUUGUAUUACUCUCUAGUCUCUACUCCAUCUCAAGCUUUUGAUUUGAACUAAAUUUUAUUUUUUGUUUACUGAACUGUAAACCAAACUUUCACCUUUAACGCAAUUAAAUAUGCAAAAGAAAAACAUACUCAAAAUAUAUUAAAAAAAGAACGAUUUCUGUACAUUUUAUUUCUUUGAAAUAACCCAUUAAGAUCUUUUAUUUUCUUUAAUUAAUAACCCCUUAAAACAAAAACUUAAAAAUGCGAAAUAUUUGGUUUCUUCCUUGAGUCUCUCAAAUCUGCAAAAGCUUCUCAACCAUUAAUCAUCAACCUCAUCACAAUCAUUUUUUCUUCGCCUUUUCAUAAUCAAUUAAUUCUCCAAACUUACCCCGAUAAUUAAUUCAAUCAUAUAAAAAACACAAAAAUUCAAUUCAAAUCAAAUUAAUUAAAUAGAAAAUAAUGCAUAAUAUUCAUUUAUAUGCAACAUCUUCAAAAUUCCCUCAUUUCCCAUCAUCUUUUUAUCUUUUAGGAAGACAAAAAAAAGACAAAAAACUUCAUUGGUUGGGAAAAAUCUACGAUCCUAGAAGUGAAUUUAUUACAAAAUGGAAUAAUUUGUUCUUAAUAACAUGUUUAAUUACUUUAUUUCUAGAUCCAUUAUAUUUUUAUGUUCCAACAAUAUGUGGAAAUGCUUGUCUAACAGCAAACAUGGAAUUAUUAAUAGUAGUUACCGUCAUUAGAACAAUUUCAGAUUGUCUUUAUUUUAUGAAUAUUAUCCUUAAAUUUAAAACAGCAUUUGUUUCAAGAAAUUCAAGAGUAUUUGGGCGUAAGGAGCUUGUUAUGGAUCGUAAAGCUAUUGCUAUUAGGUAUUUCUCUACUGGUUUUAUCAUUGAUGUUGCCGCCAUGCUUCCUCUACCUCAGAUAAUGAUUUGGUUUAUCGUACCAGCACUGAAAAGCGCAACACAAGCUCAUACAAAUCAUACUGUGGCUCUAAUGGUACUUAUUCAGUUUAUACCACGUUUGUUCGUCAUGUUUCCUUUAAACCGCAAGAUUGUAAACUCCACAGGAAUUGCUGCAAGAAACGCUUGGUCUGGAGCUGUCUACAAUAUGCUUCUCUUCAUUUUGGCUGGCCAUGUGAUAGGUGGUAUAUGGUACUUAUGGGCUCUGCAACGCAUACACACUUGUUGGACAAAUGAAUGUUUAGGGCAACAAAAGUCAGCUGAAUUUCCAUGCCAACCCUCUUUUUUUGAUAAAGAGAACAAAGAACUUUUAGCUCGAAAAAUAUGGUUGGAAAAAUCAAAUGUACUCAUAAACUGUAAUCCUCAUAAUAAAGAUUCUCAAUUCACCUUUGGGAUGUUUGCUCCAGCUAUUACUGAUGAUGUUGUCACUACAAAUUUUAUACAAAAAUACUUCUAUUGCCUCUGGUGGGGUUUGAAGACCUUAAGUUCUUAUGGACAAAACACAGACAACAGCACCUUCAUUGAGGAAACAUUAUUUUGCAGUUUUAUUUGUGUGCUGGGUUUAUUCCUUUUUUCACACUUGAUUGGGCAAGUCCAGAACUAUCUUCAAUCUAUAAUGACUAGAAUAGAAGAAUGGAGGAUAAAAAGUCGAGACACAGAAGAGUGGAUGCAGCACAGACAAUUGCCAGAAGAACUUCGAGAACGAAUUCGACGAUUUGUUCAAUAUAAAUGGCUUGCAACAAGAGGAGUAGACGAAGAGUCUAUUCUACAAUCACUACCCUUAGAUAUUAGAAGAGAAAUUCAAAAACACUUGUGCUUGGGACUUGUUCGUCGUGUUCCUUUCUUUGCACAAAUGGAUGAUCAACUGUUAGAUGCAAUAUGUGAAAGACUAAUACCAUCAUUAAGCACCAAAGACACAUAUAUAAUUAGAGAAGGAGAUCCAGUUGGUGAAAUGUUAUUCAUAAUAAGAGGUCAAUUAGAAAGUUCCACAACCUAUGGAGGUCGAUCAGGUUUCUUUAACUCCAUUACACUAUCUCAAGGUGAUUUCUGUGGGGAAGAAUUGUUAACUUGGGCUAUAUUACCUACAACAACAUUGAAUCUUCCUUCUUCAACAAGAACAGUUAAAGCUCAAACUGAAGUUGAUGCAUUUUCGCUUCGGGCUGAUGAUCUCAAAUAUGUUGCUACACAGUUUAAACGUUUGCAGAGUAAAAGACUUCAACAUUCUUUUAGAUAUUACUCUCAUCAAUGGAGAACUUGGGGAGCUUGUUUUAUACAAGUUGCUUGGAGGCGGUUCAAGAAGAGGAAAUUGAAUGAAGAAUUAGCUAGACUAGAAAAUAAUUCUAACUAUUAUUAUUAUGUUACGGAAGAUGAGGUUGAAGAUGAUCAUUUAGUGUUAAUGGAGGAUGAUGAUGAAGCCGGUAGUAGUACAGAAUUAGUACCAAUAAGUGGAGAUGUAAAACAGCAACAACCACUAACAGCUACUAUUUUAGCUUCUAAAUUUGCUGCAAAUACUAAAAGAGGGGUUAAUCAGAAGAUUAAAAUUGUUGAUACUUCAUCUCAAGAUCUUAUGAUGCCUAAGAUGUUCAAGCCUGAAGAUCCUGACUUUUAUGGCUAA